AAGACAUCAGGACAACACCAAGGUCGGUGGUGUCAAUCCGCUUCCGUCAAAAGCACGACGACGUGCUCUCCCGAUGUGCAAGUAUGUACAGGUGGGGCCAUGGUUUUCUCAUCCCGAUCACUAUGUGAUGGGCGCCACAAUUCCUAAUCAAUGCUCACUGUUCAAUAAACAGAUAGUCGAGCAGUGAUCCAAGGAAAAAUACUUGGAUUGGAUCUUCAUUCAUAUCUGGAGGAAUUCUGGUUCGUCUCCCCACCCACUGUUUGGCUUAUCAUAGGAAUGACAUGGGGCCAUUCGGAUUGUAUAGCUGCUUCACCCUACUAUUUACAACCGCAGGCAUCUGAGGACUAUAAUUCCUCAAACAUACCAUUCAAUUAUUCAAAUUCUACAACCGUCAUCAACAUGGCAGCCCUUGUUCCUUGCAGCAAUUCCAUACGAUACAACAAUGCCUUCUUAUUACUCGCCAUCCAGUCUUUCCCUAGGGCAGUCUGCACCUCCGCAUUCCACUCUGCACAACACAUGUUCGAUAAAAUGCUGAAUCGAGAUUCAUCUUCUCAAAAGCCCUCCCUCUCUCAGGCUCUCUAUCUCGCUAAACACUCCUCCCAAAAACCCGGCAUUUCCAUUGUCAGCGCCCUUCAUUGUCUAGCCCUGAAAACAGGGUCUGUAGAUGAUACCCUCACUUCCACAUCGCUCCUAACUGUCUAUUCAAGAGCCGGCGAUUUGGGUUCUGCUCAGGCACUUUUUAAUGACAUUGUUACUAAAGAUGUGGUUUCAUGGAACGCGAUAAUCAGUUCCUAUGUUUAUAAUCAUCGUGUCCAAGCUGCAUUGGCUCUGUUUGGAGAAAUGAUGAAAGAUAUAGGGGAAUUCGAUUCCACGACUCUUCUAGUUGUUCUAUCGGCUUUAUCUCGAUCGAAUAGCUUUAAACAAUGCCGUGUUCUGCAUGGUAUAAGCUUAAAGCUGUGUUUGGAUUCAGAUUCCUUUUUAGCUAAUGCUCUUACUAACAUGUAUGGGAAGUUGGGUGAUUUGAACUCUGCUGAAUCAAUGUUUCUGAGGAUUAAAUAUAGAGAUACCACAUCUUGGAAUUCAAUAAUGGGUGUGUAUCUUUAUAAUGGGUAUCCUAGAAAAACACUAAGUUGUUUUAGGGAAAUGAGUUUUUCGGGCAUACAAGCCGAUGCAGUGAGUCUAUCUUGCUUUAUCUCAGCUUGUUCUUGUCUAGAAGAGGUGGGUGCUGGCAAAUCUGUUCAUGGUUGGGGGAUCAAAUCUAGCUAUGAUGAGAUUUCUCAUCUUUCAGUUGCCAAUGCACUUAUUUCGUUCUACUUGAAAUUCAAUGAUGUCAAUGCUGCUGAGAAGGUGUUCUGCAAACUGAUUGUAAGAGAUGUGGUCUCAUGGAAUGCAAUGAUUGGUGGGUUUGCAGAGAAAGGAAGAGUUUCAGAAGCCUUGGGUCUUCUGCGGAAAAUGCAGUUAGAUGAGAUGGUUCAACCUAAUUUGGUCACAGCAGUAACAAUUCUUCCACUCUGUGCCGAAUUGAAUCUCCCACAGCAAGGAAGGUCAAUUCAUGGGUUCACAAUGCGGAGAGGAUUGUGGUUGGAUUUGGUGGUGACGAACAGCCUCAUGAACAUGUACUCGAAAUGCAACAUAUUGAGAUCUUCAGAGAUUCUAUUUAAGGCCAUGCCCAAUAGAGAUUUGAUUUCAUGGAAUACGAUGAUUGCUGGGUACACGCAGAAUGGGUGCUCAAAAGAAGCCUGGGUUUUGUUCCGAGAAUUGCUUGGUUCAGGUAUGCAAUGCAGUAUGUCUACAGUCUUGGCCAUUCUGCCCUCUUGCGAUUGCCAAGAAGCGCUUGAUUUUGGUGAAUUAGUUCACUGCUGGAUUCUGAAAUCUGGAUUUUCGAACAAUGUUUUUACUGUUAAUGCACUUAUGUUCAUGUACAUGAACUGUGGAGACAUGGUAGCUUGUUUCUCAUUGUUUCAGAGCAUUUCGGUCAUAGCAGAUGUGGAUUCUUGGAACACUGUCAUAGUAGGCUGUGUGCGAAAUGGUUAUCCAGGGGAAGCACUAGAAGCUUUCAAUUUAAUGCGUCAGCUUUCACGUGUAAACCCGGAUCCUAUCACAAUGGUAAGCAUUCUAUCAGUAUGUGGCAAUCUUGGAUUGGUGUUCUAUGGAAAGUUUAUCCAUGGUUUCAUACUUAAAACAUUAAUGGAGCCAGAUCUUCGUGUGAGAAACGCAUUGAUAACUAUGUAUUGCAGAUGUGAUGAUAUUAAAAGUGCAGAAUCAAUAUUCUGUAGAAGUCAUUGUAGUAGGAACCUUUGCUCAUGGAAUUGUAUGAUUUCUGGCUUGGCACAGAACAAGGAUGGUAAAAGAGCCUUAAAACUCUUUCGUCACAUGGAAUUUGAUCCAAAUGAAAUCACCAUUGUUAGUAUUCUAUCUGCGUGUACACAAUUAGGAGCUUUGAGACAUGGCAUGGAAAUCAAUGGUUAUGCAUUCCGGUUUGGGCUGCAUCAGAAUGCUUUUAUAUCGGCAGCCCUUGUAGACAUGUAUAGUAAAUGUGGAAGAUUGGAAAUUUCUGUCCGGGUGUUCAGGAAUUCCAUGGAGAAAUCUGUUGCAUCUUGGAAUUCAAUGAUUUCCGCGUAUGGGUUUCAUGGGCACGGCAAAAAAGCGAUUGAACUGUUUUUGGAGAUGUGUGAAUCAGGCAUCAGGGGGACUAGGAGCACAUUCAUUAGUUUGUUAUCAGCUUGCAGCCACUCUGGGCUGGUUGAUGAGGGACAGCUUUAUUACAAUCUCAUGACAGAGGAAUUUGGCAUUAAUCCGACAACCGAGCAUCAUGUUUGCAUGGUUGAUAUGCUUGGUCGAGCAGGUAGGCUUGCCAAGGCUUACGAGUUUAUCAAACAGAUACCUACUGAACCGGCUGCAGGCGUUUGGGGGGCUCUUCUAAGUGCUUGCAAGGAUCAUGGCAAUCUCGAAAUGGGGAAAUCCAUCGCCAAACAUCUCUUUUGCUUGGAACCUGAGAAUGCUGGUUAUUAUGUUUCACUGUCGCAUAUGUAUGCAGCUGUUGGAAGGUGGCCCAAUGCAGUCGAGGUAAGGAGAAUGGCUGAAGAUAAGGGAUUGAAGAAACCACCCGGUUGCAGUCUGAUCGAUGUUUGCUUAGGGUGAAAAACCCUUUUUCUCUAUAUGAUGAUCUAUGAUAUGGAAAAAUGUCAAUUGCUUUUGUUACACAUUAUGAAUUGGCAUUAAGAUAGGCGAUACGUAUCUCAAUUGCCUGGUUAAAGUUCGAUUCAGUUGGUAAUUUGUGUUGUUAACAGAUGUCUUAAAUCUGAGGAAAUUCGACUGGCCCAAGAAAGUUCAGGUGAAAAUCCAGCAACAAUUUAUUUUGAAACUUCCAAGAAAUUUGACCAGUCGAAAGACAAGUUCGACUAGUCGAAGUGUCCUUCAACUAGCCCGAGCUCUGGUUCGACUCGUCGGAUGUUACACAAAUUAUGCGCGGACUGCGUAAAUUUGAGGCGAUUUUUG